AUGCCUGAAAGCUCUGCCUCUCUCUACGUUGGUGAGUUGGACCCAUCGGUCAACGAAGCCACUUUAUUCGAGGUCUUUUCAUCAAUUGGACAAGUCACCUCCAUCAGAGUUUGUAGAGACGCUGUUACAAAGAGAUCGUUAGGCUAUGCAUAUGUUAAUUUCCAAUUCACUAAAGACGCUGAAGUGGCCAUGGAACAACUAAAUUAUUCUCUUAUCAAAAACAGACCUUGUAGAAUUAUGUGGUCUCAAAGAGACCCAUCAAAAAGAAGGGAUGGCAGUGCUAAUAUCUUUAUCAAAAACUUGGAUCCUGCUAUUGAUAACAAAGCUCUUCACGACACAUUUUCUGCUUUUGGUAAAAUUUUAUCUUGCAAAGUUGCUACCGAUGAAUUUGGUAACUCAAAGGGUUUUGGUUUCGUUCAUUAUGAAAACGAUGAAGCUGCUAGAAAUGCUAUAGAAAGUGUUAAUGGUAUGUUGUUAAACAAUAACGAAGUCUACGUCGCUUACCACAUUUCCAGAAAAGAUAGAGAAAGCAAAUUUGAAUCAAUGAAGGCCAAUUUCACAAACGUUUAUGUUAAAAACAUUGAGCCUGAAACCUCUGAUGAAGAUUUCAACAAGUUAUUUAAUGCCUUUGGCACUAUAACUUCUAUAUCUUUAGAAAGAAAUCCCGAUGGCAACUUGAAGGGUUUUGGUUUUGUUAAUUUUGAAAACCACCAAGACGCUUUGAAAGCUGUUGAAUCUCUUAACAAUAAAGAAUUCCAUGGUAAAACUCUUUACGUUGGUAGAGCUCAAAAAAAGAGAGAAAGGGUUGAUGAAUUGAAAAAACAACACGAACAAUCAAGAUUAGAAAAAAUCACAAAAUAUCAAGGUGUCAACCUUUUUAUUAAAAACAUUGAUGAUAAUAUUUCCGACGACCAAUUAAGAUCGGAAUUUGCUGUUUUUGGUACUAUAACCUCAUCGAGAAUUAUGGUGGAUGAAAAGGGCAAAUCCAAAGGUUUUGGGUUUGUUUGUUUUUCUUCUCCUGAAGAAGCUUCGAAGGCUGUCUCUGAAAUGAACCAAAAGAUGGUUUGGGGUAAACCUCUUUAUGUUGCAUUAGCUCAACGUAAGGAUGUUAGACGUGCUCAAUUAAGCCAACAAAUCGAAGCAAGAAAUAGAGUCAGAAUGCAACAAGCUGCUGUUGCAGCUGGCGCUAACGCUGGUGGUUUAAAUAAUCAAUUUAUUCCCCCAAUGUUUUAUGGCCAAGGUGCUCCUCAACAAUUUCUCGGUAGGGGUCCAUUUGUUGCAUCACCAGGUCCAAACACCCAGUUAGUUUUACCACAAGGUAUCCCACCACCACCACCACAACAAACUCAAUGGGCAAGAGCUGUUCCAAAUGGUCAACCAAUUCCAAUGUAUAACCUCCCACCAAACAAUGGCAACAACGGCGGAUCACCAUUUAAUGACUUUAAUCAAAAUCAACCAAACCCACAAAUGCCAAACCAUCAAGCUAUUUUAAAUAACUAUCCAUUAGACCAACAAAAGAGAUUUUUAGGUGAAGAAUUAUAUGCCAAGGUUAUAAGCACUGGUAAGGUUCAAAACGAUGAAGAAGCUGCAGGUAAAAUUACUGGUAUGAUUUUAGACUUGGACAAUAAAGAAAUUGUUCAGAUUUUAGAAAACGAUGACAUUUUCAAAUCUCAUUUUGAAGAAGCUUUAGCUGCUUAUCAAGAUUUUAAAAAAUCAAAUGAAAAUUCUAAUAUUCAAAAUUAA